AUGCGUUGCAGAGAAAUUACACUUCUGGUUGUUAUAAUUUGUACAUUUAUGAUUCAACACGGAGAUAGUUUGGAAUGCAAAUCUUGCCAGAAAAACGAUUCAUCGUGUAUACUUGGCUAUAAUUCGGAGACAUAUGAGUGUUUGAAUGACGAUGAUGUUUGUUUUUCAUGGUUUGAUCGAACGGAACUUGACGUCAUACGUGAUGCUAGUACAUAUAAACGUGAACAUAUUAUUACAACCAGUCAAAGUGCUCAUAUACGUGUUAAAGGUAAUCAAUCAUCUUCAACAAUAUUAAAUUUUUGUGCACAUAAUUAUCUUGGUUUAUCGUAUCAUCCGGACAUUGUGCAGGCAAGUAAACACGCACUGGAUCAAUAUGACGCCGGUUUAUCAUCCGUUCGGUUCAUAUGUGGUACACAAACCAUACAUAAACAAUUAGAAGCAAGGAUAGCCAAAUUUCAUCAACGAGAAGAUGCUAUUUUGUAUAUAUCACGUUUUGAUGCCAAUGCGGGUAUUUUUGAAACGUUAUUAAAAGAGACAGAUUGUGUAAUAAGUGAUGAAUUAAGCCAUGCGUCGGUCAUUGACGGCAUUCGAUUGUGUAAAGCAAAAUGUUUGAGAUACAAACAUAAGAAUAUGCAAGAUCUAGAGAUGAAAUUAAAAGAAGUGACAACAGCAGACGACAACGAGACAUCAGUUAAACUCGUUGUAACAGACGGUGUAUUUUCAAUGGAUGGAAAUGUAGCUAAAUUACCCGAAAUACAUCGUUUAGCUGAACAAAAUAAGGCGAUUAAAAACUCUUUGGAAGCAGCUGGCGGUUAUACAACUAGUCCAAAACAACUGAUUGAUUUGUUACGCUAA